UUUCCUCUCUUAACAACGCACAGCUCCUGCUUCUUCUCUAUGGCGGCCCCUUAUUCGCCUUCCGAUUAUCGCCUAUGCAUUAAACCUACAAAAGUAAAGAUACGCAAAUUUCGGAAUACAAAUAAACACCUUGCCGUUUUAAGGCCGUCCUCAGUCGCCAUAGAAACUUCUUUGAAGAAGAAGGUUAGAAGGGUCGGGGUAUCAUUGGUGACUUUGCCAGAUGUUUUGGUUUUGCGGUCACCGUCAAAUUUUGUAGCCGAGACAACAUUAAACUUUUUUUUUUUAUAGAAAAGGGCAUUCUAAGACCAGAGUGGGGAAAUUUUCCAUUCAGAGGGGACUGGUUUUCACACCUCUACCAGCCAUUGAUAAGAUACCAGAACCACCAGGGGGAAAAAAGAGGUUUGAGCUUAUUGAAGUGAACACAAUGAUGUGUUUUUUAAGCAUAUAAAAUGUUGGAAAAGUAUAUCUGGGAGUUGGAGAAUGAAAAUAAAUUGCUGUUUUUCGAGCUCUUAACCAUGUUGAAUUCUUUAACCCUUUUUCCUUGUGCUUGGAAAUGAUCUUUGUUGGGCAUUUAGGUUCACCUUAGUCGGAUCAGAUCAAUGGAUCAUAUAUCUUGUAUUUGGUUGCAAUAAGUUAUUUUUGUCGUGAUUUUAUCAUUUUUCCUGUGAAUUUUCAGCCAGUAUCAAUCUUAGCUGCUUUGUGCACUUUUGUGGAUUCCUUCAGAAUAAUCUGACAAUUCUGUUAGUCUGCUGUGCCCAUGUGUUGAUAUUUAGCAGAGUAGAAUGAGAGAGGCCCAGCUUGGAGCACAUACUGUGAGAACUCAUGGGGUUACAUUGGCUAGAAAACAUAUGCAUGACUGGCUCAUACUGAUGCUUCUUGCAGCAAUAGUAGUCAUUCUCAAUGUCAUCAAUCCUUUUUACCGCUAUGUUGGGAAAGAUAUGAUGGCAGAUCUCAAGUAUCCAAUGAAAGAGAACACUGUUCCUGUAUGGGCUGUGCCAGUGUAUGCCAUCCUCUUGCCAAUGGUCGUCUUUCUACUCUUCUAUUUGCGUAGACCAGAUGUCUAUGAUCUUCAUCACGCCAUUCUGGGGCUCUUAUUCUCUGUUCUGAUAACUGGAGUCAUAACAGAUGCCAUAAAAGAUGCUGUUGGCCGCCCUCGACCAGACUUCUUUUGGCGUUGUUUUCCAGAUGGAAAAGAUGUUUAUGAUCAGUGGGGAAAUGUAGAAUGCCACGGGCAGAAACAUAUUCUUAAGGAUGGACGCAAAAGCUUUCCAAGUGGGCAUACUUCUUGGUCAUUUGCUGGUCUGGGUUUCUUAUCACUGUACUUGUCUGGGAAAAUUCAAGCAUUUGACCGUAGAGGCCACGUUGCAAAGCUUUGCAUUGUUUUCCUUCCCCUGCUUGUUGCAUCUCUUGUUGCCAUUUCAAGGGUAGAUGACUAUAGGCACCACUGGCAGGAUGUGUUUGCUGGAGGUCUCAUAGGUCUCAUAGUGGCCAUGUUCUGCUACUUGCAGUUCUUCCCACCCCCAUAUCAUGUGGACGGUUGGGGGACGUACGCCUACUUUAGGGUUCAGGAGGAAAUACAUGCCAGCAUGCAACCAACCGAUGCUCUGAAUGCAGAAGCUCAAGAUGAAAACCACCAAAAUGAAAGCAACAAUGCAUCCAUGGAAAUGUCUUCGACUGUUGAUCCUGGCACAGCAGUUGAAGAUCUAGAAUCUGGUCGGAGAGAGACUUGAGCAUUUUCUCUGUAGUUAUUAGGUUGAAAAUUUUCUUGCUUACUGGUUUUAAAGCUGGAGGAGUUGAUACAAUCAUGUGUGUGGAGAAAUUUUCCCACUUUCCACCUUGAAUUCACGGUUGGAUUUUUUUUUAAUGAUUCCCAAUAUAAAUGUUUCCAACCUUUGCAUGA